UGUGUACAGCCAUCUUGGGCAUGUCCCAGGAGCAAUAAAGCCCUAUCACACCUCCGACACCGAGAUUCGAAUGCCAUACCUACGCCAGGGUUCACUGAGCCGCUAUCUACGUAUUCACCAUGAUACUUGUGGACAGCAGUCGACGAUUACAAUGGCUCCAGGAAGCUGCACAUAUCAUCCAUCGUGUUCACGAGCGGCGAGUAUUUGUUGUCGAUAUUGCGACACACAAUUUCCUGCUUGAUGAGGGUCUUUCUCUCCACAUGUGCGAUUUUACCGAAUCUACUAUUGUCGCGGAUGAUGAAGACAUGGCAGAUUUUAUUUCUGAAGACUUCGCUUCAGUCAAGUCCGACAUUGCGCGCUUUGGCUCGAUGAUGUACGAAGUUAUCUCUGGAAACCACUUCGAGUUCUGCGUUAUACCCGACAUCGAGACCGACCUAGACGAUGAUCCAGUGUCCAAGACAUGUAAAACCUGGCCGACCGAUGACAAACUCCCAAAUACGAACCCUUUAUUCCUUGAAGAUAUCAUCAAGCGAUGCUGGGCCCUUGAAGGUUUCCUCACGAUGCAGGAAGCUUGCCACGCCCUAGAUAAUUCCGGUCACAGAAAGCCAACGGAUAUUCUUACGGAAGGUUAGCCGCCUGGCAUCGCAUCGCAUCGCAUCACAUCACACCACACUGCAUCUCCUCCCGUAUGUAGUUAUCUACUAUAGGCGUGAAUAGGCGCGCGCGAGAGAGAACGCGGAGGCAUAUCCCGAACAUGGCUAUUCAGGGUACAUCCGAUAUAAAUAGCAUCACCAACGGCGGUUGGCGCAUCGAAUGGACUUUGACCAAGAUGCAAUCAUUGCGCCGGGGUGGGUAUAUGACUAUAAACAUACAUAGUAUAACUAGGUACUUACAUAGACAUACAUACAUA